AUGGCGUGUGGAUCUGUGGAUCCUCACGGUCUUCUCCCGUCAUCAGUUCUUUCUGCCCGGUUGGACAGUCUGCCAUAUGAUGAAGCGCCCUGGUUCUGGUCCUGUGGUCAGACUAAUAUAACUUGCAAGAUGGUAAAUGGAAAGAUGGUGGAGGUAGGGCAGUGGCCAUGGCAGGUAAGCAUCCUUUUUCUGGGAAUAUAUGUCUGCAGUGGUUCCAUCAUCCACCACCAAUGGAUUCUCACAGCUGCACACUGCUUACAAAGAUCCAAGAACCCGGCCAACUACACUGUGAAGGUGGGAGUCCAGCACCUCCCAGACAACAGCACCUCAGCACUCCUAGUCAAUAGCAUUUUGAUUCACGAGAACUUCAACAAUCAAAUGUCUCAGGACAUUGCCCUCCUGAAGCUCAAGUACGCUCUCUCCUGGUCCCCUCUCGUCCAGCCGGUCUGUCUCCCCACCAUCAAUUUCAAGCCAACUGUUGGCACCAUGUGCUGGGUCAUCGGGUGGGGACAAGACAAGAUUAAAGAGUCCUCAAAGGGUCCCUACAAUCUCCAGGGCUUGGCUGUCAGGAUCAUGAACAACGAGAUCUGCAAUCAUCGGUACCAGUUCCUCCUGACAAAGAGCCAGAAGGCGUUCAUUGGAAAUGACAUGCUGUGUGCGAGCUCAGAAUGGGGCCUGGACACUUGUCAGGAUACCUCCGGCAGCUCCCUGGUUUGCCAGAUAAACAACACCUGGAUCCAGAUGGGAGUGGUGAGCUGGAACUUUGGCUGUGGCGGUCGCCAAUUCCCAAGCAUCUACACCAGCACCUCCCACUUCACCCACUGGAUCAAGAAACAAAUCAGUGACAUGAGAUUCACCAGUAUGGCUGUCCCUCCCUUCCUGAGCCCGCUGAUCCUCACUGGCUACAUUCUGCUGGUAUCCUUGGGCUCCCUGUGGCUCUUGUGAGCUGUGUUUCCAGAACAGUCACUCCCAGAGGCUACUUCUCCCUCCUCUCUGCUCCACCCUCAAAAGAAGUGGACACCAGAGGCUGAACAGGACUUCAGGACAGAGGGACUUUGGGGAAGGGUCCUAGACCCACUGUGGGUUUUGUUCCUAGUUCAAUGAAGAUGCUCUUGAACCUUUUGAGCCACCUGAAGUUUUCACAUUCUUGACUUUGACCCAAAGCCCUUUAAAAUACCCCCUCAUAAAGCCUGGUUGUUUCUCAA